CCCCUCUCUCUCUUCUCGCGGUUACUCUUCCCCCCUUCUCCUAUCCAUCUGAAGCGCCAGACCAAUUUUUUUCACCCAAUUCCGUUGAUUUUGCCUUUCCUGGAUUGGGUUCUUCAUCCGGAGUCAACAAAGAGAGUCCCCUUGUCCUGAUGUAAUCUUUGGGUUUCGUUAGCACUCGCUGCUGCCAUGGCUACAGUUUCGAGCGUCUGCAGCACGAGCUGCGGCUCCUUCGGCCAAGAACCACCUCUUCCUGGCAAAAACGGCUAUGAGGGCACACGAUUCCGUCCGAGGAAUGGAUUCCGGAGCAGAGAAGACGCCCGCCAGGUACAAGCUCCAAACCUCGCCAUGGUUACGGCUGGAGUGUGCGUUUGUAGGGCGGCUCCAUACGUUCUUGUGUCUGAGGUCGCCGGCAAGGGGGACGCUGACGUGGAGGUUUGGGACCUGGAUGGUGAGCCACACGGUGCUGUUGGCUUCGAUAGUGGCAAGAGGCGUGGGCUGCGUCGGCGUCCGAUGAGGCCGCCGGUCGUUGUGGACAGUGGGGAGGUGGGCGGAAGGAGUGCGCCGCCGGCGAUGGCGUCGGAGUCGGAGAGGAAAUCUGAGCAUGGUGGGUCGAGGCUGUACUUCUUGGAGGAGAGGGAUGAGGAGACGCUGUCGAAAAGGUUGAUACGGCUCAGCCAAUCCAACAAGGUCAGGAGUGCCACUGAGCUGUUUGAUUCAAUGCGUGCGUCAGGACUGCAGCCGAGCGUGCAUGCCUGCAACUCACUUUUGGCUUGCUUUGUCCGUCGAAGUUCUUUGGUGGAUGCGAAGAAGAUGUUUGAGUUCAUGAAGGGGAAAGGAAUGGCAACAGGUCACACAUAUACCUUGAUACUCAAGGCUGUUGCAAGCACUGAGGGUUAUGUUUCUGCCUUGCAAAUGUUCAGUGAGGUUGAAGAGGAGGAAGAUUCGAAGAAAAUCAUCGAUGUGAUCGUGUACAAUACUAUGAUAUCCGUGUGUGGAAGAGCAAAAGACUGGAGGCAAGUGGAGAAACUGUGGAGAAGGCUAGAGGAGAAUUCUUUGAGUGGAACCUUGAUGACCUAUGAUUUAUUGGUCAGCAUAUUCGUGCAAUGUGGACAGUCUGAGUUAGCAAUUGCAGCUUAUCAGGAAAUGCUCCUGAAAGGACUUGAUCCGAGUGAAGAUAUAAUGAAGGCCAUCAUUGCAUCGUGCACCAAAGAAGGUAACUGGGAGUUUGCACUGGCCACAUUUAGUAGAAUGCUGAGCACUGGCAUGAAGCCCAACAUAAUUACGUUCAAUUCAAUGAUCAACUCACUCGGGAAGGCUGGUGAAGAUGAACUUGCCUUCAGGAUGUACCAUCUGCUAACAUCUUCAGGCCAUAAGCCUGAUCAAUAUACAUGGAGCGCAUUAUUGUCAGCAUUAUAUAGGUCUGGGCGAUGUUGGGAUGCCCUGGAGCUUUUCCAAGGAAUCAAAGCCAAGCAUCCUUUGCUCUUAAAUGAUCAUCUCUACAACAUUGCUUUGAUGUCUUGUGAAAGGCUUGGUCAAUGGGAACUUGGUUUGCAGUUGUUGUGGAUGAUGGAAAAUGGUGGACUGAAAAUAUCAGCAGUAUCUUACAAUCAUGUGAUACGUGCUUGUGAGGUUGCUAGCAAGCCGAAAGUUGCUCUUAAAGUAUACCAGCGUAUGAUUAAUCAAAGGUGUUCACCAGACACAUUCACACAUUUAUCUGUUAUACGAGCUUGCAUCUGGGGAUCUCUUUGGAAUGAAGUAGAGGAUAUAUUAAAGGAGGUCGCUCCGGAUUCUUCAAUCUACAACGCAGUGAUCCACGGGCUUUGUUUGCGAGGCAAGAUCGGAUUAGCCAACAAGGUGUACACUAAGAUGCGUAGCAUUGGACUUACACCGGAUGGCAAGACACGGUCAUUCAUGCUUCAGCACAUUGCAUUGGACUAGCCCCAUCCUGAAGAACGGAAAGCAUCAAGUUGUUGUACAGCUCCAGACGAGCAAAGCGUAUCUGAGCCAUUGGCGCCACGCUCAGCGGUUUCCCUCGUACAGAGUAAAAAAAAAAAGUUACACGUUAAAGCAGAAUGGCUGGUCUGGCUCACUGAAAUUCUAUGUAAAAGAUAUUUGACGGUACGACAGCGGCUAAGGAAUACAGCUUACUAGCAGUUCAUCUA